AUGGGAAAUCUAUGGGGCAUGAUGAACACCUGUCAGCUGGUAUGGGUAAUCUAUGGUAUACUCUUCAUAAUGAAUGUCCCAUAUCAAUGCCAUAGAACACAAAGAAUUGGUCAGGAAGGAAUUGCAGAAAUACAAAACCAUAAAUUUUUCAUUAAUGACCAGUGGGAAUGGGACACCAUCAGAGAGGCUACUCCUCCUGUGGUCCCAGAGUUGGCCAGUGAUGAUGAUUACUCAAACUUUGAUGACAUUUCUGAUCCUAAUAGUGGAGAGGAGUUCCUUCAACCUCCAGAGGCUUUUGCAGGGAAUCAUCUUCCUUUCAUAGGAUUCAGUUAUUCAGAGAGUGCUAAAUGGGGUAACUUCCAUGGCAAAUCAGGUUUAGACGGAAUGGUGAGGAUGAUAAAAAGACACUUUCUCUCUCUGCCUUCAAUUUUCGUUUCAUUUACUAUAUCCUAAUAUGACGAGGUAAAUUAAUUUUUCUUCACUUCCU